AGUAGUACCCUAAUUUGGUAACAAACAUGUCUUGCAAGAUUGAUGUUUCGGGUUUUACCGAACUACCGAAACUAUCUUCAAAUGAGGAGUAUCUUGCUUUGAAAAAAAAAUAUUUUGUACAUCUUGAGAAUAUGAAAGACAUCAUUGAGGAAAAACUUCAUCCAGAGUGGCCUGACUAUUUACCUUUAGCUCUCCUUUGCUUAAUUCCCCCUACAUCACCGGAAUUUGGCAAAAUAGGAGAAUAUCUUAGGAAAAUGACAAAUCAUGCGGCUCUGUCAUUGAUUUACACUUGCCAAAUGUUUGAAAAAAACGAAGUAUUAAUAAGAAAUCCUAAUGGAAUGGAAAUGGCUCAAGAAAAGCCUUAUUCAUGGGAUGAUUAUCUUACCUUUUGGGGUAAACAUUAUAUGAGAUUAAAUGACAAUGAAUGUGCAAAUGUCAAAGAAGCUGGCUGUAAACUUAUUCAGGAUGCUAAAGACCUUUUUAAGCGAAAUCCUCGAAGAGAGACUAUAAGAUUAUUUUCAUCUCGCUUGCAAUCAAUUUUCCCCCAAAGUAGACCAAAACGUGAUGCAGCAAAUUCAGGGACACAUGACAAGGACGGUCGUAAGGACACACGUAAAAGAAGAACAUGCAGAAUUAAUCAAUUUUAUGAUCAUAAAGGAAGACUGAAAAAAAGUGGUCUGGAUUUGUGCGACUGUUUAGAUGUUCAUUGCCCAGGAUGUGCCUAUGAGCAAUGCCCACAGUGUGAAUCUUAUAAAUGUGUGUAUGAAUUUAAGAUGAGUGAACAACAAAAUAAUGAUGAUCUCCCUAAAAGAUCCAGCCCAAAGCCGAUUAAAACUUCAGAUGUGGAAACUUCGCCUGAUUCGAAAAAACAAAGAAGUGCUUCUCCGAGUUUCUCUAACUCAAGCGAUCAUUCAAACCCGUUUAUGGUUAAGCCAUCUCCGCCUCAAUAUGUGAUAUUAGAAGAAAUUAUGAAAGCUGCGGAAGGAGUGAACAAUAUGGCGUUGGCUCAUGAGAUUGCUGUUAAUUCGGAAUUUACAGUACAGAAGCCUGAGCUAUCCGAGAAUAGUGUGUCGAAAAAAGUUGAAGAAAUAAUGAAGAAAGCUUUUUGGGAUAGUUUAGAAGAAAAAUUAAAGCAGGAAAAGCCAGACUAUUCACAUGUCCUAGUUUUAAUGCAAGAAGUCAAAGAAACAACAGAGACUUUAUUACCCCAGCAUAGUCCAACUUUGAAAAAUCAACUAAACGAAUUUAUGGAUCUUGAACUUAUUAAACAAGAGAUGGAGAACGAUUGCUUUGAAAUACAGAAAACAGUUAAAUUCAUACUUGAGCUUCUCUCAAAAAUAUGUGCCCCUGUUCGAGAUGAAGAGAUAGCUGAAAUAAGAAAUACUGAAGGAGUCGUCGACAUUCUGAAAGGAAUAUUUAAGCUUUUAGAAAAUAUGAAGUUAGAUUUCACAAACUUUACUAUUCAGCAAGUUAGACCAAUUAUUCAAAAGCAAAGCGCUGAGUACGAAAGAGAAAAAUUUCAACAAUUUCUAAAAGUACAAGCAGAGCACGGAAUUGAUGGUUUAGUAUAUACGAAAAAAUGGAUAGAAAAUACUCAUAAGCGUUUAAAUGAUCAGGAAAAUACACAAAAUGCUUCCGCUGGUAUCAUGCCUCAAGAGUUAUUGACUGAAGCUUUCCUUGAUCUCCUCGAUAGAGCUCCCAAUGAGGAAUAUCCAGAGACGCUGUUAAUGGACGCAGCGCGUCUCACCGCGAUAUCAGAUAAAACAAGACGGCUAGUUUUAAUGGCCUCCAUCGUCUUAAUGACUUUCAACUCUGUUGGUGCGUCUAUAGCUGGCUUAGAACAAUUAAAACUAGAUCUUCGUUCUCAUAUGGAAUCUAUUAUGUCUGAUUUCGCCUUUUCCGAUAUUAAAGAAAAAAUUUCGUCCAACGUUUGUGAGCAAGUGGUCAAAGACGUUGAUGAUGCUCUACAGAAGCAUGGCUUUUCUAAGUUAACCAGCGAAAAGAGUGACUUACUAAAACAUAAUGUGCAACAUACUUUUGAUAGUGAUUCCCCUGUGAGAAAAAUUUUGUGGCAACGAUUUAGAAGCUUUCUUAAAGGACUACUACUCACAUUUUCUAUGUCACAAGGACAAGUGAAGAUACCUCAAGGUCUAAGUGUCGUAGCAGAACCUCUUGGAAUUAUAUCUGGUCAACUGAUACACCUAUGCAGACACAACAGAUCUACUUUUGGAGCUUAUUACGCUGAUAUAAUAAAAUCUCUACUUCAAAUACCGGCAGAUGGCGGCCCUUCCAAUAUUUCUCAAUCUAUCGGCUUUAGUUAUCAAAUAUUUCAAAUACUUGCCUACGAUAUGCCCAUUCGAUGGACCUGUCCUGGCAGCCCGGACUGCACCAAAGUUUUCUUGUACGCUUCUCCUUUAAGAGCCCAUGUUCAGGUAUGUCGACACGCUAUGGAAAGGAGAGUGAAUUCGAGUGACGAUGCUAAAAAAGUGUUGGAUUCAAUUUUGGAUGUAAUGAGUGUUGUUGAGGAUCAACAAAGGGGUAAUAUCACAAUCUGCAGACGUAACAAACCAUUCCAUAGACCCACAUAUCCUACUUAUGCUCGGCAGUGGCCAGAAACAAACGGAUACUGUGUGCCAAAGUUAAAACAUGAUUUAUAG